GGGACAUGGCUGCUGGCAUUGUACUGGGGUGCAUCGGGCUGAUGUGUGCCACAGCUAUGACCUACGGAAUCAAGGUGACAAUGCCCGAACACAAGAAGGUGGUGAUGCUCUUCCAGUCAGUGUUGAUGCGUUGCCAGUAUGCCACGUCUUCUACUCAGCCCGUCGUCGUCCAGUGGAGAUAUAAAUCCUUCUGCCUGGAUCGUAUGGAGGAGGCUCUGGGCAUCGGUAAAGUCCCGGGCAAGGGAGCCACGGGCAAUCAGUACCUGGACUGUGCAGAUGGCAGUAGGACAGUUCGGACUGUGGCCUCCAAGCAGGGAUCUACGGUGACGUUGGGGGACUUCUACAAAGGAAAAGAUAUCACCAUUGUGAAUGAUGCUGAUCUCCAGUUUGGAAACAUGCAGUGGGGAGACAGCGGCCUCUAUUACUGUCUUGUGGUUACUUCUGAUGACUUGGAAGGCAAAAAUGAGGACCGAGUGGAAAUUCUAGUAUUGGAGUGGGCCUUCGUCUGCCUGGUGAUACUGGGGACCUUCCUCUUCUUCGUGAUGGUGGGAAUCUGCUGGUGCCAGUGCUGCCCCCACAACUGCUGCUGCUACGUGCGAUGUCCGUGUUGCCCCGAGACCUGUUGUUGCCCAAGGGCCUUGUAUGAAGCUGGCAAGGCUGCUAAGGUGGGAUACCCCCCAACUGUCCCUACUGCCUGCCCCCCCUACUACAUCUCCACUAUCCCGGUGUCUCAGGUGCCGGCCUGUAGAGUGAUGGAUAAACCGCACGUCCCACCCUUGGUGCAGAGCGACUCGCUGCCAGGACAGAAUGCCGUACGUAAAGGGUACAGGAUCCAGGCCGACAAGGAAAGAGAUUCAAUGAAAGUUCUAUACUAUGUAGAAAAAGAACUGGCCCAGUUUGAUCCGGCCCGAAGGAUGCGGGAAAGAUACAGUCACACUAUUUCAGAGCUGAGCUCUCUGCAUGAAGACAACACACAUUUCAACCACUCCUAUCGGCAAGUCCGGCGGAAGCCAUUGCCCCCCAGUUGCAAUGCAGACGGAGACGCAGAGUACUGGUCCGGCGUUGUCGGCUCAGCAAGGCCCGCGACAUACUCUAAAUUCAGGGAAGACAGGGAGAGCUUCCGAAGUAGCCUCCAGAGACCGACAUCUGAGGUCUUGGAAAGGAAAUCGUUCCCCAUGACAAUCCAGGCUGUGUCCACCGACGAGUUAGCCGCAUUUACAGACUCUUAUAAGCAAAGACCACGGAGGGCCGACAGCCGGGGACCCGGAUCAGCACCUCGGUUCGAGAGGUCGGAGACAAGGGGAAGAUCACUGUAUCAGGACAGCUCUUCAGACGAAUACUAUGGAAAACGAAACCACGGAAGAGAACUUUUUUCAGACGGCGAAAGAGGCUGGUCUUUCAGCCCCUCUCGAAUACGAGCCGCAGAGGACAAGCACCUGCCCAAGCGGAUAACCAGGAUGGGCCAGAGCUACGACGACGCCUAUCUCAGCAGAGUUCUUGAAAGGAAAUCGAGGGGUCUCGAGGACACCACUGUAACCCCCUCCAAACUGAGUUUGCGGCAAAAUUCCAGUCGCAGCUACGGCCGAUCUCCAACGUUGAAGACUGGAGACAGCAAAGACCACAAAGUAGAGGAAGAAGACUCCCUUCCUCCUUACAGUGAAAGGGAGCUUGCAAGGGCUCUCCCAUUUCACUCAAGAGACCACUCCUAUCUCAGCGCCUCCGACAAGAGGAAGAAAAAGGAGCAGCCCAGUAAAACAGGUGAUUUCCCAAACAGGAUGUCCCUCGUUGUCUGACAUCGUUAAAGACUUAAGGAAGAUUCUGAUUGGAGGAGGCACUGAGGCAGUCCCGAUUACGAAUGACAGACCCUUGAGCCACUGUGCUCCACGGAAGCCCUUCUUGACGUGGAAGAAUCUUUAUAUAGCCUGUUUGCCCGCAGGAUAGGAGACCGUAUGCAUGGGCCUUAAUUUGGAAGCAGCGGUCUCCUGAGAGUAGCCUGCCCAGUCUCAUAUGGACCUUAAUACACAUAAACUGGAGGAACCGCCCGCUUCCACUAGUUCAGAUUGUGUAAAGACAAGCCUUAGUAUAUACACCAUACAUAGUACACCUAAAUCAGUAUUAAAGGGGUGCUAUCUGCCUCUACUCUCCAACAUUCCUUAUUUCUCUAUCAGUCUUACCUUCCUACUAUGCGAUCUCUUUGUGCCUGUCAUAUUGACGCUCUCCCGCGUAGGGAACAGUGACUAAUGUCUCUAUGACAAAGAUAUCGGUCGGCUUUAUGUAUUUCCACAUGGAGUGUAACGUACUGAUGCCUCUUCCUAACGAGUAUCAUUAUUAAUGGCUUUUUGGAACCAUUUUUGUGACCAUUAUAAAGAGGUAAUUAUCGACUAUCCAUUAUUGAUUGGUCAAGUUUGGUGGUCACGUAACUACAGAUGGAGCAAGAGAUAUCUCAGAGGGAUUUGACCAUCCCAGAUAGUUAUUUCUAGAAAGAUAUGGCUAGCUUUAGAUGUUACAAAGAUGAUAUAGUUACAAUAGGAUCCUAGGGGACCAAUGUCCAAUGAGCCUCAAUAUGGUACGAAACGCAUAAAGCUUUAUGUGUAUAUUGUUAAUAAAAUAAUUUUGAUUUCACUAUAUACCUGAGCUUGAAAUCGACUUUUUCUGGAGUCCCGGAGUGCCUGCCUACUUCAACUUGCUUGUUCCGACCAAUGUCCAAUGUCAUGGCUCAUUGCAGUUAGAAAGGCAACCAUUUUGUUUAGCUAUAGAGUCACAUGACGAAGGAACCGAGGCAACGGAACGUAUGUUACACCAUGUUGGAUUGCAUAAAGUCGGGAUAUGUUUGUCAUAGUUCCAGUCUCAAGCAUCUGCUUACCCUUUAAAGCUGCUUUGAUGUGCCCCGGCCUUUUACUUUCCCUUUUUUUCCACAUUUUCAAACACUUUCUGUUUCCGUGAAGUAUCCAUACAACCAUUUGAAGUCAUUUUCUUUUGUUGUCGUUGCUAGCAGUAGUAAUCUCGGUAGUAGUACCUUAAUUCUUAUCGUUUCAGUUCUCUGAAUGAUGAUUGGCUUUGCCAUUAGCCAGUCGAGAUAAACAAGUGUAUGAAUAUGUGUAAAAUGAAUGUUCUAUUAUAUUGUUUUCUAUUAUAUUUUUAGAUUUUGUGUAAAUGACUUUGAGAUCCUCACAGCAAAUCCUUCUGGAACGUUCUUGUCUGUGUGAUAAAAAACAUGGAAAAUCCAGAAGAAGAAGCCGCGAGGUUCUGCCGACAGUAUUACACUCCUCAAACUGUUUACAUUGCUGCAUAAUUAUACCGAGGGCUCGUUUAUUCCUCGUCUCCGGGGUUGGUGGGGCCUCUUGGGAAUAAAAAAAAAAGGUCUUAAUUAACUGAACAGGUUGACUUUCCAGGUUAGAAAGCCUUGGGUGCAUGGCUCUUCCCCAGGACAUAAUUUGCCCAUGGGCAGUAACCCAUAGCAACCAAUCAGUGAUUGCCUUUUUUUCAGCCAGCUGCAUGUAGAACAAUGAAUGCAACAAUUUGAUUGGUUGCCAUAGGUUACUGCCCCUGGGCAAAUUUUCCCAGUGUUCAUAAAUGACCCCCAAUGUGUUUCCCCACCCACUGGAUGCCUUGAAUAUACCUGUAGCACACUAUGGGGCAGGGACGCCCCCCCCCCAGGUAAACACUUGAAUGAGAUUUAUGAAUGUGGAAGCAAAUAAGUAUCCUCUGCCCCCCUUUCAUACCUGAUUGGUGGCGGGGGGGUAUAAAAUGCUGAAUUUUAGGCCCACCCCCAAAGCCUCCACCCUAGAAACAAGCCCUCAGGUCCCUGUAUAGAAAGUACAGCCGAGUUCCACAUCGUAUUGAUGUUAUUGUGCAACUCACAACUCCAGCAUUUCUCUACAGAUGGGAGGGCCAAGAGAUAAUACAGAAGGGUCUUCCACUUGGUUGUCCACGUUGGGCAUACAGAGGUAACAGGAUUGAUGUUCUCUUAACCUAGCUUAGCUCUUGUACCUAAAAUGUGGUUUAGCAGAAAAGAUAGCCAAGGCUACUGCUGGUAUUACUCUGGCUACAUCUGUAGUUCAUUGCACUGUCUGCACCCAAGAGAUGAAGGUGAUCUACCUCUGUAUAAACAAAACACCUACAUUUCAUUAUCUGAAUUGGUUGCAUCCAAAUAGCAUCGAGCACUCAUUCUGCUGCUUGGCUAUUGGAACGCAAAGCUUUGCUUGGUGACCAGUAACCUGGAGUAAUGACGUUCCUCAGGCCCUCAGCUUCAGGCCACUUCUUGGACCGUUGGUAAAUGUAAGCAGGUCACACUAUGUACUGAACAAAUAAGAAGUCCUUGUACAAAGAACCUUUUAAUGAUGAUGGGUCACUGGAACUGGGGAAUCCUCACGUUCUCUUGAUGUUUGUUGAUGACAAAUCUUAAGUGAUGAGAAGAAGACAUAGUCACAAUGGAAUCCCUCAAGGAAUCAGAGAGGGGUUAAUGUGAUCCCUGAAUUGAAAUCCCAUUCUGCACUUGGGCAUAAAGUACAAUGCAAGUUGAGACCUUUCCUUUAUAGUAAGUCCAUAGUCCAAUGCUAGAACAAAGUCCUAGAACAAAGUCAAAUCAUUACUAUUCAAGAAUCUAGCCUAGACCCGUUCUAGCUAUCUUUUGGACCAUAUCCACAAUAGAUCAUUAUCCAUUCACCUUGGUGGUGAAACUUAGGAAAAGUUAAGGCGGUGUCACCUGAUCUGAGAAUCCAACCAAACCCCCCGUUCAGGGAAACGUAUUUUUACUUUACGUUAUGGAUAGCGUGACGGAAUCAUAUCCGCCAUUUACGUUGGCUGAAAAUCCUGAACCAAUAGAAUUUGUGAACACAACAUGACCUUAUAUUAUAAACCCUCGUCAGUUCCUUCUUGAAGACGUCAGAGAACGUGAUCUAGAUGCCUUCAAGCCCCAUAAGCCUCAGUCUUUUCAAAUUUAGUAUCCAUAUUUGUUUCCCAUUAGAAUAAUUAGGCCUGAUCUGAUUGGCCAACAAGUUUAUAGCUCAUAAAUGAUCCUUUUUAGAUUAUAAUUGACAUAAACCUGCUGGUCUGCUCUGGGCUGGACCUCCCCGUAGGCCCUUUCCAGCCGUUCCAAAGAAGAAGAACUCUAUUGUAUGUACUUUAUUUUUCUAUACUUCAGUGUAGUUCUUGACUAUAAAAUGAAUAUGUAACGAGGUGGGCAUACAUAUUAAUGAGGGGGGAGGAUCCCCGGCCUCGCUGAGCUUACUAAGGGCUUGAUUUAUUUUUCUUUUCAAUAUGCACAGGUAGUAUCUUCCAUUCAGUUUUGCAAAUAUUGAUGGUAAAAUGUGAGGGUAUAAGUGAUUGUGGCCUUUUCUGCAUAUUUCCAUGGAUACCCUUGUGUGUGUGGGGGGAGGGGCAUAAGCCGAAAUAUUCUCCCUGUCAUCUGUUCGUGGCCACUAGAGGGAGCACUCUAGGACUGAAGGAGGAGCAGUAGGGCAGCUCCAAAUAUGCAGAUAAGGAACCUCCGUUGAGCACAAUGCCGAUAGCCUCAUCCUUCGCUGAAAAUGGGAGACAAAUCCUGAUAUUUUCCUGAAUGAAAAAAAAAUGUAUCUUUUGUAAAAAUCUUGCCAUUUGCAGUGUUCUCUAAAAAA